AGAUAAUAAUAACCCGAGGUAUCCAGCAAUAAUUUCAAGGAUUCUCUAUUCUAGGAAGAAAAAAAGAAAAAAAAAAAAAAAAAGACAAACUGGGAUCGAAGACGAAAGCGUGUUGAGACGCGUAAAUGCCAGUGACGCGUUCUAAUUAUAAAGUCGUAAAGAUAUUUCGUGCUAAAAACGCCAGUUGUUGAGAACAACUUGUGGAUUGGAUGAAUUCGCGCAUGGAGUUGAUGGGUGUGAAAUUUGCACCACUCAGGGUACCCCUGGAGAGACGUCUACAAACUCUAGCUGCUUUUGCGUGGUUUUGCGCUCUGGCAUUUGGCAGUUUUAUCGGAUGGAUGAUCACAUUUUAUUGUCUAAUAUUUGGGGAAUGGUUAAGAUACAUCACCCUAAUUUACCUAUGCUGGAUGUUCUACCUCGAUUGGGAUACGUACAAACGAGGGGGACGCAGUGACCGGUGGAUCCUGUGGAUGAGGAAUUCACUGUGGUGGCGAUAUUUCUGCGCUUAUUUCCCAGUAAAAUUGAUGAAAACCGUUGAUUUAGAACCGUCGAGGAAUUAUUUAUUGUGUUCAUUUCCUCAUGGAGUCUUGGCAACCGGGGCUUUUGCAGCAUUUUCCACCGAUCAUCUUGAUUGUAAGAGAAUUUUUCCGGGAUUAGAUCCCAGAAUGGUGACUCUGGAUCAGCACUUCAGGAUACCUUUCUUCAGGGAAUUUGCGUACAGCUUCGGAGCUUGUGGCGUCUGCUCUGAGAGUCUGGAAUAUCUCCUUCGGCCGAAAGAUAAGAAUGAAAAAAAUACAGCUGUUGUUUUGGUCGUUGGAGGAGCUGCUGAGUCCUUCAAGUGCAAACCCUCGACAUAUGAUCUCGUUCUCAAGAGAAGAAAAGGAUUUGUCAGAGUUGCACUCAAGACGGGGACGCCCCUAGUGCCAGUUUUCUCAUUCGGUGAGACCGAUCUUUAUGAUCAGAUCCAACUGAGCACUGAUUCAUUUCUUGGUAAAGUUCAGAAUUACAUUCGGAAAGCCAUUGGCAUUGCGCCGAUUAUUGUUGUUGGUCGAGGAUUUUUUCAAUAUUCCUUUGGGCUUAUUCCACAAAGGAGACCAGUUACAGUCUUUUAUUCAGUCGGUGCUCCUCUAGAGGUGCCAAAAAUUGUCAACCCAACGCAGGAACAAGUGGAUGAAUACCACAUGGAAUUUAUGGAAAAGCUGACCAAGUUUUUCGAGACGGAGAAACACAAGUAUUUGGAUAAUCCUGACAAGAUCAAACUCAAUAUCCAGUGAUACAAAAAAAAAUGCCUUCAAAAAGACUGUUUAUGAAUAAAGCUUGAUGAUUUUUCAUUGCAA